CUGACAGAAGAGUCUUCCUUGAGACAAGCUGCAGAAGAAACUGCUGAAGGGCUCUUGGUCUUGAAUUCUGUCUUUUCCCUCAUGGAUCGAAAACCAAAGACCCUCUUCCAGCUUGAUUCGCCUUUCACGGCUGCUCCAUGGCCUCAAAUAGCGUCCCAGGAUCAAGACAACAUCCUGGAACUCCUCUGCAGCCUGCUUUCUCCAAUAGGUCAACAUCGUGCCAACCACAUUGUUAAAUCCAAGGGCAAGAGGAGUAAGAAACGCAAGAGGCAGCAAUCAAAAUCAGAAGAAGUCCCGACAAAGUCUGACAUCCCACCUCCCCCGGAAAUUUCCUCUUUUAUUGCCGUGGGGCUGAACACCAUAACUCGGAGUCUUGAAUCUUUGGCUCAGAAGGCGAAACCAUGCCAGUCCCCAAAUACUAUCCCUCCUAAAAGCGACGACGCUGGAGAAACCUCGCAAGAUCUUGGCUCGAAAGAAGAGCAAGAGGUGGGGACGUCGAAAAAGGUAGCUGUCGACAGUGAUGAGUAUGCUCCUGUCGAUGCUCACUUCUCAGCUAUCUUCGUACUUCGAUCGUCUCAGCCAGCAAUUCUUCAUACUCAUUUGCCGCAACUCAUAGCAACAGCCUCUCUCGCGUACCCAGAAUUGCCGGCAACCAGGCUUGUCCAGCUACCAAAAGGUAGUGAUGGCCGACUUUGCGAGGUUCUAGGACUUCCCCGGGUAUCUUUCAUUGGUCUCUUGGAGGGGGCACCGCACUCUCAGUCUCUCGUAGAUUUGAUUCGUCAAUGUGUACCGAAGAUUGAGAUUCCUUGGCUUCACGAGGCGAAGCAGUCGACAUAUAUGCCGGUGAAGAUCAACGCAAUCGAGACAUUUGUUACUGCACCAAAGAAGAAUCAGACUUGAGGAUUUUCAACGUUUGGGGGAUUCGUCGCGGUUGCAACUUGCAACCUACAACCUGCAUCUUCUAUGCCAGGAAUGACUCAACUAUA